CAGCUUUGCCCGUCUAUUAUUGCUUUGAGCUACGAAGCAAGCAACGCCGGUCUGCGUCACAAACCAGCUUCAUCAUCCACCUCAUUCCAAUUGUCCAUACCAGCUUGGAAGAGGAACCCUCUACGGAAGCACUCCGCUUUACAACAAGGACGAGACAACGUGUUUGCCGUCAGUCUUACCACCGUCCGGGCCUGGCGAAUCAAGACACGACCGACUGCGGAGAAAGUAAACAAUGAAUUUCGCGCCAUAUCAGGAUGCAUCGCCGGAAAUAGAACGCGCUUUAUCGCCUCCUCCUCGCACUUCCAUCGAUUCGCCUCGAGUCCGGUCGCCUCCUCCCCAGAACAAACCUAUACAGCCCACAACUCGUGCCAGCGUCGGUACGGCGACACUGCUCCCUCCCAGUGCGUUUAUUAACGAUGUCGCAACUGGGCCAUCGUUUGCCGGAGAACAUAGGGACCAGAGCUUGGAGGCUUUCGAGACAAGCCUGCCGUUAAGAGUAGACUAUGAAGCAAUGCUGGCAUACCUCCUCCUCCCACCAGCCGGAGGCGUUUUUCUCCUCCUGUUCGAGCACAAGAGCGACUAUGUGCGGUUUCAUGCGUGGCAAUCUAGCAUGCUCUUCUCGGCCAUUUUUUUCGUCCAUCUGGUCUUGUCCUGGUCAAAGGUGCUCUCUUGGAUGUUAUUCACAAUCGACCUGCUCUUGAUCGGCUUUCUAUCGCUUCAUGCUUACCGAGACGUUGAGACCCUGGACCAUUUCGAAGUGCCUUACUUUGGCAGACUGGCGAAUUCCUUUGUCGAGAAUGAGUGAACACAGAUGCUUGCAUCUGACAAAAGAAGUGCUCUGCUGCGGCAGAGUUCAUGCUCUGUAGUUCCAGAGUUGGUGCGAAGGAAGGCUCAACCCGAAUUUGCCCUAAAAGUUGAUUCCGGGCAUUGCAUGACGGAGUACUCAAAUCUCACGACGCCAGAGAACGAGGUACAUGGAUCGCCAGGGAGCGCACUUGACACUUCCCUGACCCGCAUCGCCUUUAGACACCGGCGCAUCUCAGAACUGUCGCCUGUUUUGCCCCAGCUUAUAAAGGCGCUACCGAUCGCCAGACCAGCCGCUUACUCUUCCCAGCAAUGAUCUGAAUUAUAUUCGACUGCCUUGAAGCCAGUUUGAUAGGAUACGUCCUAGCUGGGCGGGAAGGUUGAGUUCUUCGGCUGCGGCAAGGAGGGCUGUGUAGCCUCUGCCUUGUCAAUGGGGCUGCAUCUGUCAGUGAUGCCUGUGCCCGUUGCACUUUGUCUUGUGGGUUCUUGUCCAUGACGAGAUUUCGGGUCGGACACUAUGUUCACCCAUCAACGGCUUUCCGUUGAGCGAGAAAGGGACAGGCGUACACCGAUUGGAAUUGACGACCGAGCUGCCCAUCGAAUGUGUCCAGAACCUCUGUCGGGAUCCAAUGCUCUAAAAGCAAACAUCCAUAACAUGAAUAUCCAGGGCAGCCCACGGCGGGAACUUGACUCGACAUUGCUCCAUAAGCAGAUCUACAUGGGCUUCACUAUGCUUGUGUAGCCAGCUACCGUUGCAGUCACCGCUUCCAAAGGAAAUAGACAUUGAUGCAGAAGCUCGGUGGAGAGAAAUCAAGAAGGAUAGGGACGGCAGCCUUGGAGAAAGAGUCUUUGGUCAAGUUCAUAGACCAAAUGGGGGUUAGAAAUAUAAUAUAGUGCCUUUGACGGUACUUGAACGUUGAUAACCGGGUGUGCAAGCAGAAUCGCUCUCAGCUCUUUUUUUCCCCAUGUAAGACACCAGAAAGCUGGGCUGACCCCUUUUUGCUUCCAAG